GACACACGUCUGUUCCGAUCUCCAGCAGGAGACAUAAAGACGACUCUCAAACCAUGUACAAGUUUCUGUCUCUGACGCUGAUUUCACUGCUGGCUGUUUUCGGGCAGUAUGUGAUCGCAGGAGGACGCUUCGAGCGAACCAUCAGCAGACCUUUUGGGUCAGUGCUGAAGGUCCAUAAUGGGAUGCGAUGGGGCUCGUGGGGUCAGAAAGAAAUGUGUCCAACUGGAAUGUACGCCACAGGUUUUAGUCUGAAGGUGGCAGGUAUGUGGGAAUCUCUGCUGGUUGGUGAUAACACAGCGCUCAAUGGGAUUCGUCUUCACUGCAUCAACCCGUCCAAAAGCUCAUCGGCCCCAUACGAGGACUACGCCACAAUUCAGUCCGACGUAGGAAGGUGAAGAGCUUGAACUGGACGUAAUACAGAGGCUCUGU